AUGACUAGCCAAGUACGGUACCGUGACGAGCCGGCCACAACUGUGUUCUCGGGACUGGGUGUCGGUUCUGGGUUUUAUGUGGGUUGUGGGGUCGGCGUCGGCAAGACGUUCGGAGCCUUCUACGUGCCCUCGGUUCAGCUCUCCGUGGGCGUUGGUUGUGGGCUUCAGGUCGGGUUUGGCUGGGGCUUCUUCCUCUACGGCUGGGGGGCAUGCAUCUGGAGCCUACGCAGCAUGCUUGGCAUCGACGAGCGCGAUGUGGCGAACAUGCUCCAGCAGUUGCGACGUGACCAACGCCAGGAGUCACCACCGCCAUCCAAGUCGUCAGUGAAGCCAUUGCCGUUUUCUUGGCGACGGCUCCGUUUACCCAGCUUCCUGCUGCCGUGCACACCCAGCAGCCAGAGGCGCAUGGGUGCUGCCGCGGGUAGCGAGCACUUUUGCCUGAGCUGUCCGUUUCAAAGCAAAGCCCGAGAACGCUGCUGCUGCUGCUGCUGCUGCUGUCGGAAGGCACUCGCCUCCGCUACGGCCGAGAGAAUCGCCGGUAUCGGCAAACCGGUACGAACGCCUUGGGGGUCCACGGAGGCGCGAGCAGCCUGCCACUGGGCCCGAACAACUGCUUCGGGCAUGCGCCUGGUUUCACGAUAG